AUGUUCGAUUUUAAUCUUGAAGAUCUCGCAAGCAUUGCCCGCGGCAACAGCGAGUUGCCCAGCAGAGACAAAGAGCAGCAGGCCCACAGCAAGCUGUUCGGGGAGGAGGAGCAGGCCUUCGGCCAGGAGCAGGACGACAGAUCACCUGAUGCCGAUGGAAUCAUCAGAAAAAAGGGCCAAGGUGUCUGGGAAAGGCGCAUGGAAAGUGUGGACACCGGAAGCGUUACUCCGAGCAGCAUUUUCUCAAGCAUCAUCGGCGUUGCGCCAGGCCUUGCACAAGAGCUAGGCAAAGCAAGACAUUGUGCAGUAUCAGAGUCGCACAACCCACCUAAGCUUUGGAUCUUGAACCUGAUGUUCGACGAAACCGAGCUGGAUCUGAGUUUGAAUGGUGAUGGGAAGUAUGACAGAACAGGAUUUCAUUCGAGUAGCUUUUGCACCUUGGCUGACUUUCCAUGUCUGCUGGUGACGUGCGACCAGGCCUCAGCAAAUAUCAAGAACGGGAACGUGGUUGAGCGAAUUACAAAGCUUUUGGGCAUUCUGCCAGGUUCCUACUGUGUAGCAAAGUGCACCAGUAAAGGCAAAGUGUUCAAGGAUCUGAGGGAAGCUGUCAAGCAACAGAUUGACAAGGAUUUGGUCGUCAUGUCAGAAGAGCCUCCAGGUUUGCAGGCCGAAUGGUCCAGCGCACGCAAGCAAGCAACCACCUUCUUAGAACUUAUGCUGCAAGGAUUGGGCGAUGCCAAACCUGAAGAACGUUCCGGAGUUUCGCAGCGGAUCAAGAAGUUCGUGGACUUCUUCCGCGGCCCCUGGCAGCAUGUGGUCGUCAUCACGGACCACCUCGCAUGUGACACCUACGGUGGAGUCGAGGCGAUCAAGUGGGCACGGAACAGCUACAACGACAGGCAUCCUGCCCAUGUCAUCUUGGACCUGACGAAUGAGUUCGGUUCCAAGUUGUGGCUCGGCGGAUCGAAGGCAGGCACCGACACUAACCUGAUGAUCAGGAAUGGAAUCGGAGCGGUGUGGCCUGCGGCCAAGUCGGUCCAGCCGGAUGACACAGCGGCGAUCCGUGUAUUGAGGUACACAGAUGGGACUGGCGUCGUGCACGGCAACGUGAACAUGGAGAGCGUGCUGCAGCAGAUCGACAAUGUGAUCUCCUUGCUGCACCGCGGCGUGUCGGUCCUCAUCUGCUGUGUCAACGGAGCCCAUCGCUCCGCGACACUUGGUGCCAUGACGCUCAUGAACUAUGUCUCCACAUUGCGCAACAUCGUCGACCUGAACAGCAGAGCGCCGCCAUCGCAGUACAGAGUGAACACUAUUCGCCCCAUCGACUUUUUGAUCGAGCACCAAGCAGAGAUCGCUGGUAAAUCGGGGGCCUCAGGCCUGGUCCAGGUCGGCAGCAACCAGGAGAUAUUUCCUUCCACGAGAUAUGCGAACGCCCUCAUCACCCCUGUUCAGUUUCGUCGGCGCUGCAUAGAAAUGGGGUUCGUCCUUUCAGGCAAGGGCAAGCGGACUCGCCAGUCGUUGCCAGGGCCACAGUCAUUGAUAUCGUCGAUGCCGCCGCCGCCCCCGCCCGGUCGCUCAAGCUCGACCCACCUUCGGUCCAAAGCUCGACCAGUCAAGCCGAGAUCGAAGGGCGUUUCGCCAGGUCAGGUGCGGCAGAGUGGCACAGACACGGACUCCUCGUACAUCAACGUUCCGACGGAUGGUUUCAUUACCGACGACUCAGAGAUGCCGCACCCCAAGCGCAUCAGCGAGGAUUCGUCGGCCUCUGGCCAGGUCAGUGCCGCCAGUGCAGAUGAUGAGGCAGUGGACCCACCAGUUAUGGUUGAAAUUGAGGUUGCAGACGACGAAGAGAACGAGGAGUCCACCAUGGAGAAGGCCUGCGAAAAGGGUGCAGCCGAAGCAGAGGAGCCGGAGUCAGACUUUGAGAUGGUGACCUGCGAUGACGAAGGCAAAGUAGCCGAUGUCAAUCCAGAGUCGCCUCCGCAGACGCCCCGUGCAAACUGGACUUCGGAAGACUUUGCACGCCUGGAGACAGUGAUGCGCGAUCUGGGGCACCUGAACCGCCAGCUGCUUUCUUUCAACAAUGCUGAGGUCGAGGAGGAUCAGGCCCAGGCUGAUGAUCAGGCCUCGGCCUCCGGCCCGGUAAGUGACCAGAUCGCAGAGCCAGGGCAGCAAGCGGCGGAAGCGGAUGAGCCAGGCGGCACCAGCGCAGACCCCGUGGAAUCGGACGAGGGGGCCCGGGACGAGGCCUUGGGCCAGGUUGAUGAUGAGCCUGCGACUCCUGCGACGGCCGAGUCCGGAGAGCCGCUGGAGCCCUCCAGUUUGGACCUCGAGAAGACGAUGGAAGCGCUCAAGGCGCAGGCGGCGGAAGGCGAUAAGGACGAGAUGCUUGGGAGGCUUUUUGGGCUACUUGAGACCCAGAAAGUCCAACAGCAGGCUCUAUUGUCGAGACUGCAAUCUCGCCAAGAAAUGGACGAGAGAAAGAACGUCAUCCUCACAGCGCUGUACAAUCGCGACAUGACGCGCCUCAGGGCGGAGCUCCAAGCGCUGACGGUCUCUGACCUCGUCUCAAUCAGAGACGAAGAGGGGAUGACAGUCGCCCAUCAUGCCGUGCGUUUGGGCCUUGGGCCUUGUCUGGAGUAUACUCUCCGGAAAGCCCCGACUCUUGCGGAUGCCGUGACGAACCCCUCAGGUCGCCCAGCGAACUGGACGCCGUUGAUGGUGUUGGUUGAUGCACCACCAGGAUCUUUGGGAGGCACGGACUACGCCUACGACAUGUUGAAGGUCCUGGUUUCCUACAUGAGCGUCACAGGUCUCGUGAAUCUCGGUCCUUUCAAGUCUCCAACAGGGGCGACAGCGUUUCACAUUGCAGCCUCUCGUGGGAACCACCGUGGGCUGCAGAAGCUUUUGUGGUCCCUCUACCACAAGAGUGGUGGUGACAGGAACUCAACCUACGCAUUUGGCCUGGUGACCUCACUCGUCAACAGCCCCGGCUUGAAGCGCGGGCAGGGGGUCGUCGACGCCGCACUCGCGAACAAUGUCGACUUGGCGAUGUAUGUGAAGCGGAAUUGGGGCGGGGUCGAGCUUUUGUCUCCCCCAAGCCGCGGCGGCUAUGCUGCGUAG